UUCUUACUGUGUAUUGUCAAUGGUCAGAUACCUAAUUUCGAAAAAAUCUGUGAUAUCAUAAGUGUUGAGUCGAAAAGAAAAUGUCUACACCUCAGAGCGAUUUCGAGAAAAGAAAGCAGAUUAGUGUACGUGGUAUCGCCGAAGUUGAAGAUGUUGCUGCUAUAAAAAAAACAUUCAAUAGGCACCUGCACUACACCCUGGUUAAGGACAGAAAUGUUGCCACCCCUCGUGAUUAUUAUUUUGCCCUUGCCCACACCGUGAGGGAUCAUCUCGUGUCACGAUGGAUAAGAACACAACAAUAUUAUUACGAGAAAGACCCAAAGAGGGUCUAUUAUUUAUCCUUGGAGUUUUACAUGGGCAGAUCUCUGUCGAACACCAUGAUCAAUGUUGGGAUCCAGAGUCCAGUAGACGAAGCUCUCUAUCAACUCGGUUUGGACAUUGAAGAACUGGAGGACAUUGAAGAAGAUGCCGGCCUUGGAAAUGGCGGUCUGGGUAGAUUGGCAGCCUGUUUUCUAGAUUCGAUGGCAACACUGGGCAUGGCUGCCUAUGGCUAUGGUAUAAGAUAUGAGUAUGGUAUCUUCGCGCAGAAAAUCGUGGAUGGCGAACAGAAAGAAGAACCUGACGAUUGGCUCAGAUUUGGCAAUCCGUGGGAAAAAGCUCGCCCAGAAUAUAUGAUUCCCGUCAAUUUCUUUGGAAAUGUCAUUGAUUCACCUAAGGGUAGAAAAUGGGUGAAUACUCAAAUAGUCUUCGCCUUACCGUAUGACAAUCCAAUCCCUGGCUACAAGAACAACGUGGUCAACACCCUGAGGUUGUGGAGUGCUAAAUCACCCAUUGAUUUCAAUCUGAAAUUCUUCAAUGACGGUGAUUAUAUCCAGGCAGUUCUGGAUCGUAACUUGGCCGAAAAUAUCUCGAGAGUAUUAUACCCCAACGAUAACUUCUUCGAAGGCAAAGAAUUGCGUCUCAAACAGGAAUAUUUUAUGGUAGCUGCCACCCUCCAAGACAUAAUUCGUAGAUACAAAGCUGCAAGGUUCGGUUCUAGAGAAAGCGUGAGAACCAAUUUCGAAUUUCUACCUGAUAAGGUUGGCAUACAGCUAAACGACACGCAUCCCUCUUUGGCCAUUCCAGAGCUCAUGAGGAUCUUGGUGGACAUAGAAGGUCUUCCUUGGGAAAAGGCCUGGGACAUAACAGUACGAACUUGUGCGUACACCAACCACACUGUUCUACCAGAAGCGUUGGAAAGAUGGCCAGUAUCUAUGUUACAGUCUAUUCUGCCACGACACUUAGAGAUUAUAUACCAUAUCAACUUCUUGCACCUGCAGGAUGUAGAGAAAAAAUGGCCUGGGGACUGGGAUAAGAUGAGGGCUAUGUCGCUGAUCGAGGAAGAUGGUGAAAAGAGGGUUAACAUGGCCCAUUUAUCAAUUGUUGGUUCACAUGCAGUCAACGGUGUUGCCGCCAUACACUCUGAAAUCAUCAAGAAGGAUUUGUUCAAAAAUUUCUAUGAAUUGACUCCUGAAAAGUUCCAGAACAAAACGAACGGUAUCACACCAAGGAGGUGGCUGCUGUUAUGUAACCCUGGUCUCAGCGACGUCAUAUCAGAGAAAAUAGGUGAAGAUUGGAUCGUCCAUUUGGAAGAAUUGCAAAAGAUUAGAAAAUUGGCAAAAGACUCCAAUUUCCAACGUGCCGUCAUGAAAGUCAAACAAGAAAAUAAACUCAGAUUAGCUAAAUAUCUGGAGAGUGAGUAUAAGGUCAAAAUAAACCCGGCUUCGAUGUUCGAUAUUCAUGUGAAAAGAAUCCAUGAGUACAAAAGACAACUGUUGAACUGUCUGCACAUCAUAACUCUUUACAAUAGGAUAAAAAAGAACCCAAAGGCGAAAAUAACGCCAAGAACUAUUAUGAUCGGAGGUAAGGCAGCUCCAGGAUAUCACACUGCCAAGAAGAUAAUCAAACUCAUCUUGGCUGUUGGCAAAGUGGUCAAUAACGAUCCCAUCGUAGGGGACAAACUGAAAGUUAUCUUCCUGGAGAACUACAGGGUAACUUUAGCGGAAAAAAUCAUCCCUGCCGCAGAUUUGAGCGAACAAAUUUCUACCGCUGGAACGGAAGCCUCCGGAACAGGAAACAUGAAGUUCCAGCUCAACGGAGCUUUGACGAUCGGUACACUAGAUGGCGCUAAUGUCGAAAUGGCUGAAGAGAUGGGGAUGGAUAACAUUUUUAUCUUCGGUAUGACCGUGGAUGAGGUGGAGGCAUUGAAGAGGAAAGGAUACAAUGCCAACGACUAUUACUCCAACAAUCCUGAACUGAAACAGGUGGUCGAUCAGAUCAGGAAUGGCUUCUUCAGCCCGGAAAAUCCCAAUGAGUUCCAGGACCUCACAGAUAUUUUGCUGAAAUGGGAUAGGUUUUACCUAUUGGCUGAUUAUGAGGCUUAUAUAAAGAAACAGGAGGAAGUCAGUGAGGUUUAUCAGAAUCAAUCCAAAUGGGCUGAAAUGUGCAUUAACAACAUUGGAUCCGCUGGCAAAUUCUCCAGUGAUAGGACUAUUAUUGAAUAUGGAAAAGAUAUCUGGGGUGUUGAACCAAGCUACGAAAAACUGCCAGCUCCCCACGAACCACCAAGAGAUUGAGCAAUUGUGAUAAUUUGAACAACUUCCCACAUAUUUUCGUCUAAGUAUUGAAUCAGAUGUAGUAUUUCUAAAUCUUUAGAAUGAUAUAUUUAUACAUUUGUUUCUUGACAAAUAUUUUUUGGAUUAAUUCAACAAUGCUCAGUUGUUUGUUAGUGCCAUAUGUAAUAUUAUAAAGUAUUUUUUAUUA